CAUUAUUAAUUCAAAUUUUAGAGAGGCCCCGAACAGGUCUCCGGAUGCCGCCGAUCUUGCCACCUUUUGCUCGCCCUCUCUCGCCUCAAGUGGUCGGUGGUGAAGAGGCACCAAAAGGCGGUUACCCGUACAUAGUUUCCCUGCAAAUCCUCUCUCAGCAUUUCUGCGCCGGAUCUAUCUUAAACGAAAAUUGGAUCAUGACAGCCGGGCACUGUGUCGACGCAGUUCCUUCUGUAGACUAUCUUACCGUCAAGGCUGGAAAGCACGAUAUUGCAACUAACGAGGCUACCGAACAGUCAGUCAAAGUGGCGAAAGGUUUUAUACAUGAAAGUUAUGGAGGUGGUGUUGGCCCAUAUGACAUUGGUCUGCUUAAGCUUGCAUCUCCAUUGAAGUUGACGAAUGAAGUACAAGCCAUCGAAUUAGCAGAUCCAGAGAGUGAUCCAACGGGAGAGGCUUGGCUUUGUGGAUGGGGCUCCGUCUCGAAUAGCCAUUUCCCCGAAAUGCCAGACAAACUUCAACAUGUUAAGAUGGAGUACGUCGAUCGCAAGACUUGCCACGAAGCCGUCGAAGACCUGACGGGAUCUUCGCCCGUUCAUGAAACCAAUGUUUGCACUGGGCCAUUAUACGACCAAAUCUCCGCGUGCAGC